UGUAGUUUGAUCGGCAGUUCUCGAGCUGAUUAGAGCUUUAGUGAAGCAUGCGCUCAGUCACUCGUGCGAGCUCAUUGGACCCUGUUUUGAACUGGGCUUGUGAUGCUUGUGAGGAAAGCACUGACUGCUUCUAUUCCAGCAGCUCAGACGACUCCACGAGUUGGCUGAACCACGUCCAGCGAAGACAGAGGGGGCGCCCACCACCAAGCUGCUUCAUUCAUCCAGAUGUCGAGGCUAAGGCAAAUCAAAAAGCUCGACAGCUGAAAUACCGUGAAAUUGCUCCGCCAGCCACCAAGUUGCUUUAUUCAACAGCCUUGAUGUCUGUUCUUGGACCAACAACAAUCUUCGUCCUUGCCUACAUGAACUCCUCAUGUGAACAUGGGAUGGACUCUCCAGUCCCGCUUUGGAUUUGGCUUUGUGCAGCACCUUUUGUUCUGUGCCAUUUCAUCAUUGAGGUUCGAAUCUUUCGCUACACGACUAUUCCAUACUUUCAGGUAGUCGGACGAUUCCAGAUGCUGGCGGUACACUUGGGGUUCCACUUGUGGUUCCUUAUCAGCACAUGCAAAUCCUUGGCGUUCCAGGGUGCAGUAUUUUCCAACGCAGUGUUUGCUGCAAGGACUUUCGCAACGGCUCGGUGUACCGUUACCUACUCGGGUGAGUAUGGAUACGAGCGAGAGACAAGCUUCAACGAGAUUUGGCAGAUUACUUUGCGACAGUCAACCUUUGCUUUUUGGAUGCGUGAGAUACCACUGUCUGGUCAGGUAUUGAUUUGUUGGCUCUUAUCCUUCUCCCCUAUCAUCCAUGCAUUGCUGGAGUCAAUACCGGAGGAUCAAUGGCCCUGGGAAAUUGACUACUCAUUAGACACAGACAAUACGGGUGAGUAUACAAAUUUUCUGGGCGGCCGCUUCACUCAAGGUGACUCGGUGAUGCUGCUUGGCAGCGGCAUGGGAAUGUAUCUCAUAGAUGAACAAAGUCCCUCAUACCCAAGAGAAAAAACCUUUCAUAUUUUGGAAGGUCUCAUGGCUUCACUUCAAGAGGGCAUCCACCACCAUUCUGUCCAUUCACCGGGCGGAGAUGGCAAGCUCGUCGAGCAGUCCAGAAGGGCAUUACGUCAAAUGCACGAGCCGCUGGAAAUCUACACAAGAAAUGCAUUGACUCGAUGCUUCCUGAAGGUGAUUACUCUCGGGCUUUUCAAUACCGCUCUGCAAAUUCAUGUUCAGAUUUCAGUGUAUGGAAUGUUUCGGGUCACUAGCAAGAACAAAGAAGUGGAUUUCCAGCGCCUGGUGUCGAUUUCACUCAGCAUCGCAAGUGCUUUCUUCUUGCUGAUUCAUGUUCAGAAGGUACUUUUGUAUGCCGGGCAAGCACUUUCAAAAGUUGAGCAUGUCAUGGAGCACAUCAAUGAAACAGAUGAGCCAGUUACUUGGAGGGACUUGAAGAAUUACUUUGUAUGGCGAGCAGCAGAAGCAAGGGUCAUCCGCUACCGAGAGUAUGUGAGAUGGUCCACAGCUGCCUUUGUCCUGGCUGUUUCGAUGGCAAUCCUGAAGCUUUGCAUGGCUUUCAGAUGUCCGGAUUCUCUCUGGAACAUUGGCUCUGUGCACUCUUGCGUUGACCUUCGCUCUGCUUUUCUUGCUUCUGACGACUGACGAUACCUAAUUUUCAGACGUUGCUUCGCUUGCAUGAAAGGAAAACA